AAUGUCUAUUGAGGUUGUUUGUGACAAUGAUCCCUGCAAAUCCAAAUCACAUGCUUUGGAAAUGUGUUCAGCAGUUUCAAAGGGAAAUUUGAACCAAAUAAAGUUGUACUUGAAAUCGUGCAAUAAUCCCAUAUAUAAUACCGAUGAGUUUGGUAGAACCGUUUUGCAUGUAGCAGCAACUUGUGGAAAAUUAGAUAUCAUAAAUUGGCUUAUUGACGAAGUAGGAUCAGAAGUAAAUGUAAAAGAUAAUGAAUCGAACUGGACGGCUUUACAUAAAGCUAUUUAUUACAGACAAUUAGACGCAGCAAUAUCCCUUAUUGAAAAUGGUGCGAAUAUUUAUAGCAAGGAUAAAGAUGGAUUGACACCAAUUGAUCUUGCUCAUUUAGAUUGUAUAUCGUCAAACUGUAAUAUUGACGAGUAUACGGAAUCUACUGAAACAGAUAAACUUUUGGCUUUUUCUUGGGGGAAUAACUAUAACAUGAAUCUUGGCCAUGAAAAUGGAAAGGAUAGAAGAUUACCAGAUUGUAUUGAUUUUUUUCCAGCUUCAGGAAUACAUUUAAAGCAUGUAUCAAUGAAUGAAUUCCAUACAAUGUUUUUAUCAAGUGGGGGAAUCGUCUAUACAUGCGGCCACGGUCAAAAGGGAAGAUUAGGCCUUGGUGAUGAACUAACUUAUGUGAAACCACAGAGAGUCAACUACUUAAAAGAUAAAUUAUGUAUUAGUGUAAUUGCAUCGCGUGAUCAUUCCAUUUUUCUAACUUCUGAUGGAACAGUUUAUACCUGUGGUGAUAAUAGUAGUGGUCAGCUGGGCCACAAUUGUGAAAAGUCUUUAUUACCUACUCUAGUUAAAUCGUUGAAAAAGCAUGAGAUUAUCGGUAUAGAAGGGGGAAAAUAUCACAGUAUUGUUUGGAAUGAAAAUAACAUUUGGAGUUGGGGUCUGAAUAUUGGACAAUUGGGACAAUCCAGACCUCAAAAAGACAAUAAAAUUACUAAACCGACUCUAAUAACAUCUUUAUUAUGUGAAAAUGGAUCAAGAAUUGAAGGCGUCAAAAGUUCUGAGGCUGGAACAAUUAUUUCUAGAAUAAAAUAUGAUAAUAUUUUGGAAUUUUGGGUUCUAUAUAAUUUUAAAAUAUUAAGAAUAUUCUCAAGACAAGUUUCACCUACUAAACGGCCAUUACUUGAAUUACAAAAACAUAUUGCAAUUGGAGGUGAAAAUUUGCCAAAACAUAUUAAUAAACAAAAUCAAGAAAGACCUAUUGAAGAAUUUUACUGCGUAUUCUCGGUACCAACCGAUAAAUAUGAGAUAUAUGAUAUAUAUUUAUGGAGAUCAUCUGGAAUACUGCAAAAGUGUAUUUGGCCACUUAAAUAUAAUGUUAAUUUUAAACAAUGCUUUAUUGGUGGAAAGUUUCUUUAUUUUCUAACAACAACAAAUGAACUAUUCUCUUCUAAAUUUAUUGGAAAAUCAUUUGAAAAAUCAAAUAAAACCAACAAAGAAACGCUAGAAUUAACCUUUGAGAAAAUAUCACACGUAUUUCGAGCAAAAUACUUUGUUUGUGACGCUAAAGCGAAAAAUUUCUGCAUAUUGCAAACAGAUUCAAAGCUUAAAUAUAAGCCUAGAAAUAGGGAAUUUGUAAAUUCCAAUGAUUUCAGCUAUAUGCUGGAAAAUGCAGAAGAAUUUGCGCCGGAUUUGCAGUUAACGGUAAAUUCGAGAAAAUUUUCCGUUCAUAAGUUCAUAUUAUGUAGCAGAAGUAAAUGGUUCCUGGAAAAACUUACCAAUGACACCAUCUCUGAAAUAUCAAUGCCAGAUAAUGUAACUUAUAAGGUUUUCGAGGAUUUAUUAAGGUUAAUUUAUUCUGGUUAUUGUAAGAAAUUGCCCAACAACGAUAAAAAAUUCUUGGAAGCUGGUAAAUUUUACGGAGUUAAACGUUUGGAAUCGUGUAAGAAAGCAGUUGAUAUUUGCUCGCAAACUUUACCUCAUCUUCAGAGGCAAUCCCUGCCCCAAUUUUAUGAUAUUGAAAUAUCGUGCCCAGACGGAAUUACCUUUGGAUGCCAUAAAUGUAUUCUUAUGGCGAAAUCUGAAUAUUUCCAUGCAAUGUUUUCAUCCGAUUGGCUUGAGAGCAAAAACGAAUUAAUAGAACUGCCCGAGGAUAGUCAAGUUGUUAUGAUUGUUCUUGAUUCCUUUUACAAUGAUAAUAUGUUGUCACGCUCAGAAAAUAUGACUAUGGAGUUAGUGUGUCAAGUUUUGUGCUUAGCAGAACAACUGCUGUUUGAUGCAUUAAAGAGACGAUGCGAAAGUGUUCUAGUGUCAUUCAGUGAGAUAUUCUUUAUCUCUAUUUGCAUACCUCAUUUAUAA